GUCCUUGGGGUUGGCCAGUGAUCGGCUACUUCCCACCACGGGGCGAGACACUGCCGGACACAGUACAGAGGCUGAGGAGGAAAUACGGAGAUAUUUACAGCUGGCGAUUCGGCAGUCUGACGCUCGUGGUCUUGAGUGACUACAAACUCAUCAAAGCCGCUUUCACGAAGCAGGAGUGCUCGGGGAGGCCGUGGAUCUUCACCCUUCAGUACUUCACGUAUUUCACCGGAAAAGGCUUGAUCUUCUCGGAGGGGCGUCCCUGGCAGGAGAGCCGCCGAUUCGCGCUGCGCCACCUGAGGGACUUCGGCUUCGGGCGCUCCUCGCUCGAGAAGGUCAUCCACCCCGAAGUGGCGAGCCUCCUGAAGGACCUCGAAGGGCGCGCUGGGAGGCCGACGGAGGUCAACUGGAACCUCAACGUGGCCGUCCUCAAUGUUCUCUGGAGGCUGGUCGCGGACCGCCGAUAUGACAUCAACGACGCAGAGAUCAUCCACUUCGAGAAGAUGAUAAGGGUGAACCUGGACAUCAUCAAGGGGGCGGCCGUGCUGCUGGACAUCUUCCCUUGGCUCCUGUACCUCACUCCCAAGUUCGUCCUCAACAGCUGGAUGCGGAUCGGACAGAUGGAGAAGAACGCUGAGGAGUUCAAGCAGUUUGUUAUGAGCAUCAUUGAAGAGCACGAAGCCUCCUUGAACCCGGAGAAACCUCGGGACUACAUCGACUGCUACCUGCUGGAGAUGAGGGAGAGACAGGACGACGCCAACACGGUCUUCAAGCGGGAUUACCUCGACCUGCUCGUGUCCAUCGAAGACCUCUUCCUGGCGGGGAGCGAAACGACCUCGUCCACUCUCCGCUGGCUCGUGCUGUACAUGGCCCUCCACCCGGACGUGCAGGCCAAGGUGCAGGCUGAGAUCGACGGCGUGGUGGCCAAGGGGGCGCUGCCUUCGCUCGCAGAUCGGGCCAAACUUCCCUACACUGAAGCCACCAUUAUGGAAACCCUAAGGAUGUCGUCGCUGGUUCCUCGAGGAAUCUUUCACUGCAACAGCGAAGGAGACGUGAACAUCGCAGGCUACAAUAUACCAAAGGGCUCCCUGUUGGUGCCCGAUAUGGAGAAGUGCCACCGAGAUCCUCAGUACUGGGAGAAACCUGACCAGUUCUACCCGGAACAUUUUCUUAGCCAAGACAACCAAGUCAUCACCAAGAAAGACGGGUUCCUUCCCUUCUGUGUUGGACGUCGACAGUGCCUGGGGGAGUCACUGGCCAGGAUGGAGCUGUUCCUGUUUACCGCAGCUCUCCUGAAGAAGUUUUCCAUCGCUCCACCUGAGGGGGUUAAACUCUCGACCGAAACGAACAAGCACAGACCGGCUUUCAACUUCGCUAAACCUUUCGAGGUCAUCUUCACGUCAAGAGAGUGAAAAUGGCAAUCGGAAAUGUGCUGUGUAUGGAUUCUUAGUCCUAAGUAUUUUAUCAUUAUCAGUU